AUGCUCAGAUUACCUGCUAAAGAACUCAUUGUUUCAUUGCAGCUCUCAGCAUUCGAGAGGCAGAUCUUUGACUUCCUUGGCUUCCAGUGGGCUCCUAUUCUUGGAAAUUUCCUACAUAUCAUAGUAGUCAUUUUGGGUUUAUUUGGAACCAUUCAGUACAGACCUCGAUACAUCAUGGUGUAUACGGUGUGGACUGCCCUCUGGGUCACCUGGAAUGUCUUCAUUAUCUGCUUCUAUUUGGAAGUAGGGGGCCUCUCUAAGGAUACAGACCUGAUGACCUUCAACAUCUCUGUGCACCGCUCAUGGUGGAGGGAACACGGGCCUGGUUGUGUCCGGAGAGUGCUGCCUCCAUCAGCACAUGGCAUGAUGGAUGACUACACAUAUGUCUCUGUCACAGGCUGCUCCCUCAGCUUCCAAUACAUGGAGGUCAUCCACAGUGCUGUCCAAAUACUGCUCUCUUUGGUUGGGUUUGUGUUUGCCUGUUAUGUGAUCAGUAUUUCCAUGGAAGAAGAAGAUACCUUUGAUUUCAUAGGCGGACUUGAUACACAUUCCUACUACCAGGAUCAUAUUGAGUUAAAGCCUGUUAAACCUGUCGAAAUAAGUAAUGCCAUUGAUUUUGAAAUGCGGCUGCUGGAUUUGACUUAGGGAGCAAAAGCACCACUGAGGGCCAGCACUGUGGAUCCGUCUCGUUCCACCUCCCUCCCAGACAAUAACUGUGCCUCCUGCUUCCCCACAAGUCACCGAGUUCUUCACUCACAUUCUGUGUAAUAUUAGCAGUGUUCAGUUAGAUGAGUUCUGGGUGCUUGGGUGGGUAUUUUUUUAGUCAUUUUCUUCUUAUAUAA